AUGGCGCCUGAUUCAAAUUCAGAGAUACCUACCAGUUCAGUGCAAGGAGGAUCAAUGGUGAUUGAUGCUCAUCAUCCUCUAUAUCUCCAAGCAUGCGAUACUCCAGGUAGUUCUCUAGUUUCCAUUCAACUCACUGGUUCUGAAAACUAUUCACUAUGGAGUAGAUCAAUGAAGAUAGGAUUACUAGGUAAAGGCAAACUAGGAUUUGUUGAUGGAAAAUAUCCUAAGAAUCUAUUUCCAGCUCCUCUGCAUGAUCUCUGGGAGAAGUGUAACGCCAUAGUUCUCUCCUGGAUUAUGAUCUCUGUUAGCAGGGAGUUACUUAGUGGAAUAGUGUAUGCGAGUAGUGCUCAUCAAGUUUGGAAUGAUCUCAAAGAAAGAUUUGAUAAAGUUGAUGGAUCUAGGAUUUUUUUUCUUCAUAAGGAAAUUGCCACAUUGACUCAAGGAGUCUCAUCAGUGGCUCACUAUUUCUCUAAGCUGAAGGAAUUAUGGAUGGAAUUUGAUUCUCUUAUGCCAUGUCCUAGUUGUGCUUGUGAAGUGUCAAAAACCUAUAUUGUUCAUUUUGAAUAUCAGCGAUUAAUGCAAUUUCUUCUAGGGUUAAAUGAAACCUAUAAUCACUGUAGAAGUCAAUUAAUGAUGAUGGAUCCUAGACCAAGUGUGAAUAAGGCUUAUUCCUUGGUAAUGGCUGAAGAAUGUCAAAGAGCUCUGGGCAAGUCCAAUAUAGUUAGUGCAGAAACUACACAUCUUGGACAACUAUCAGAUGCAAUGGCAUUUUUUAGUUCUGGCAAAGGUCACUCUCAGUCUGGUUCAGGUUUUUCUUCUCAUUCAGGAUCUGGCUCCAAAUCUCAGAGAGCCUCUAACAACAACUUGUAUUGUGAUUACUGUAACUGGAAAGGUCAUACAAGAGCUAAUUGUUUUAGACUCCAUGGCUAUCCAGCUAAUUCGAAAGGAAAGAGAAGAACUAGCCCUGGCCCUGUGACGGCUGCUAAUUUUGCAACAGGAUCCUCUCCUCAUAGUACAAGUGGUCAUGUAGAUGGUUCACAUGGAUCGGUGUUUGAAGGUCAAGGUUCCUACUCUAGCAGCUCAGUAUGUAGAUCUCAGUCUUAUCCAAGACCUCUCUCCUCAGGUGGUGGUGUUUCUUAUCCUACCAAUGCACUUAUGUCUAAUGUGCAGCCACAUCACUAUCCAUCCACACAGUGGUUUCCUCCCCCUCUUUACCUACAGCAGUAUCAACUUUCUGACCAGGAGAAUGGCAGGCUUAAGAGUGAUUCCAAUAUGCAAGUCACAGGAAUGUCUAAAUGGAUCAUCGAUUCUGGAGCUUCUAAGCAUAUGGUCAAUGAUUCUAAAUUGCUCACUAACUUUACUUCUCUACCUCGUUGUCAAGUGGGAAAUGUUUCUCUGCCAACUGGUAGUUUAGCUAAAGUUACCAAUAUUGGUUCUUCUCAGAUUCUAAGGGGAGCUGAUAUUCAUAAUGUUCUACAUAUUCCUGAGUUCAAGUACAACUUGUUAUCUGUGCCUCAGCUAACUAGGGAGUUGAAUUGUGGUGUCCUCUUUUAUCCUGAUUUUUGCCUGUUCCAGGACCUCUCCAGUGGGAAGGUGAGGGGGAUUGGCAAGUUGGAGGAUGACCUGUAUGUUCUUCCAGUUGAUCACCAGUUGAAGUCACAAAGAACUUCACUAUCAUCUUCUAUUGCAAAUGCAGUGUCUGUCUCUAUGUCUACGUCUUUAAUAAAUGCAGAUAGUAGCAACUUGUCUCUAUGGCAUAGAAGGCUUGGUCAUGUAUCAUUCCAUACUCUUAGAAAACUUGGUUGUUUCACCAAUGCAUCUCCUACUUCUGUUGUUCCUUGUAUUGUAUGCCCUUUGGCUAAACAAUCAAGACUUCCUUUUCCAUUGAGUAAUACUACAACUUCUACUUGUUUUCACAUUUUGCAUGCUGAUGUGUGGGGUCCCUAUAGAGUACCUACUCAUGAUGGGAAGAUAUAUUUUUUAACCAUUGUUGAUGAUUGUUCUAGAUAUACCUGGCUGCUAUUAAUCAAUUCCAAGUCUGAAGUCAUUGUGGCUCUUAGAAAUUUCUUUACUAUGAUCCAGAAUGUAUUCUCUGCAACUGUAAAAAUACUGCGGACAGACAAUGGUUGUGAAUUUUUUAACUCCCAAAUGACUGAAUUACUUCAGUCCUUAGGGGUUCUUCAUCAGAGUUCUUGUGUAUAUACUCCCCAACAAAAUGGUGUGGUUGAAAGAAAGCACAAGCAUAUAUUGGAUACAGCCAGGGCAUUAAGGUUUCAAGCCACUCUUCCACUUAAGUUCUGGGGUGAAUGUGUGCUCACUAGUGUGUAUCUCAUUAAAAGACUUCCAUCUCAUAUACUUAAGGGCAAAAGUCCAUUUGGUGUUCUGUUUCAGACCAGUCCAUCACUAGCUCAUUUAAGGGUAUUUGGUUGUUUGGCUUUUGCAACUGAAGUAAAAACAGUUGAUAAAUUUUCCUCCAGAGCUAUUCCAUCUGUAUUUCUGGGCUAUGCUACUCUCCAGAAGGGGUACAAGCUGUUUUCCUUGCAUACCAAAGAGUUUCUGGUUAGCAGGGAUGUUGUGUUUAAAGAAGAGAUUUUUCCAUUGCAGUGUAUGGACCUUAAUGUGUCCUCAAUUUUUCCAGUCCUUCAUCCCUCAGUAGUGUGUGAAAGUUCUCCUCCUUUAGUUAUUCCUGCUGCAUCUUCUCCUAGUAGUUCUGCUCCUGAUUUGGCUCAUAUACCUGCUGUGGUCUCUACUUCGUGUGAUAAUACUACUCCUCCUCUUAAAAGAUCAUUCUGGACCAACAGACCACCUAUCUGGCUGCACGAUUUCCUCACUUCUCAGCCUACGUCUGGUUGUUUGUAUCCUGUUUCUAAUUAUGUCAGCUAUGACAACCUUUCCAAAUCUUAUGGUCAAGCAUUGGCUGCUUAUUCCAGUAUAGUUGAGCCUGUUUAUUUUGCUGAGGCAGCUGCUAAUCCUUUAUGGGUGGAGGCCAUGCAGUCUGAAAUUUCAAAAGUCAGUUCUUGUGUGCAAACAAGAAAGUCAGUCACAGGAUAUUUGGUGAAGUUUGGAGAGGCACUUAUUACCUGGAAAUCUAAAAAACAGGAUACAGUUGCUAGAAGUUCAGCUGAAGCUGAGUUUAGAAGUAUGGCUUCUGCAGUGGCAGAGAUAACUUGGCUUAUUGGCAUCUACAAGGAGUUGGGAGUUAAUAUCAAGCAACCAGUGGAUUUAUUCUGUGACAGCAAGGCUGCUAUACAGAUUGCAGCCAAUCCCAUUUUUCAUGAAAGAACCAAAUACUUUGAUAUUGAUUGUUAUUUUGUUAGAGAGAAGUUACACCAAGGUAUGAUCAAAACUCAUCAUAUGUCUACCAAAGAUCAACUAGCAGACUUGCUGACAAAAGGUUUGUGGAAAGCUUCACAUGUACAUUUGAUGUCCAAGUUAGGUUUGAAAGACAUAUUUCAGCCUUUAGCUUGA